AUGGCUGUGAUUUUAAAAUAUAUUGUAGCUGGCCUCGUAAGAUACUGGCUCAUUCACACGGACUAUUGGCAAACUUUAUCUAAUAGAGUCGAAAUAGCGACGCCUUUGAACUCGUGGAAGAGGUUGAUCGAAGGAAUUUAUUUAUAUGAACAUAAAAUCAAUCCUUACGAAGGUGACUCUUUUCAUGAAUCGCCUCUGCUUCUUAUAUUCUUCUACGGUGUCCUAAAGUAUACACCAUAUCUUUUACCUGCAAUAUUUACAUUUAUGGACAUUCUAACAGCGUACUUUCUUUAUAAGACUGCUUCUAUAUUCGUCAAAGUCUUCAAGAAUAGUCAACGAAAAAUCUCUGAAAAUAUAGCCACUGACUCAAAAACAUUGCUUUUGUCCGAUUCCCAGUUAAAGGAAGUGCCAGAAUAUGUGUUGUCAGUAUACUUAUUCAAUCCUUACUCAGUUUUAAACUGUGUUGGAAUGACAACCACAGUAGUUCAAAAUUUGCUGUUAGCAGUAUCACUGUGGGGCUCCGUUAGUGGUCAUAGGUUACUCGCUUGUGCUUUUAUUGCACUCGCUACCCAUCAAGCUCUAUAUCCUGUUACGUUAAUUGUACCUUUGUCAAUAUUAUUAGCGGAUGAAAGUAAAGGCUGCAACAAGUGCUCCUAUAUCAGAACUCUUUUAGUCUUUGUUGUGUGUUGGGGUUUUCUAGUCUACAUAUCGGCAUAUAUAAUGGAUGGAUCAUAUAGUUAUGUUUAUAAUACAUAUGGUUUUAUAUUAAAUGUUCCCGAUCUCAAACCAAACAUAGGAUUGUUUUGGUACUUCUUUACAGAGAUGUUUGAGCAUUUUCGACUGCUCUUUGUGUGUGCUUUCCAAAUAAAUGCUCUGAUUCUAUACAUUGUGCCCUUGACAUUGAGGUUUAAGGACGAACCUGUUUUAUUGGCAACAGUACUCAUUGCUCUCUCAUCAAUAUUUAGGUCCUACCCGUGUAUUGGGGAUGUUGGAUUUUAUUUAGCCCUUCUACCUAUAUGGAAGCAUUUAUUUAACUUUAUGCAGCAAAAGUUUAUAGUAGGCUGCGCAUUUAUCAUAACGUCAGCAUUAGGACCGACCGUGUGGCACCUUUGGAUAUAUUCUGGAUCAGCAAAUGCAAACUUCUUUUUUGGAGUGACUCUUUCAUUUGCGACAGCACAAAUAUUUCUUAUCACAGACUUGAUGUUUGCAUAUUUAAAGAGAGAAUUCACCCUCAAGCACGGUUCAUCACGUCUAGUUGAUGGCAAACCGGCCAAGUUGGUACUAAGAUAG